AUAACAAUUCGCCAUGUUUAUUCUAAGGGAGAUUACUCUAACAUCGUUGUUCUGAAAUGGCUGCUCUGCUGAAGAAAAGAGCUUUGGCCGAGUACAGCCAAGUUAUACAGGAAGAAGCACCAAAGCCUGUUAAGAAACUGCGAUUGACUCAGAAACCGUCCGAACCAGAUGUCCAGCUUAAUCUGCAAGGCCUGUCAUCGCAAGAUGCCCUACAGGCCUUGUUGAGAUUUGAGUGCAGUUUGCCGGUCAGUGUGGUCUCUCUGGGGCCGAUCAUUCAAGACCUGCUGGAACACUAUGGCAGAGAGAAGGAGGCCUUGGUGCGGGCAAAGAUCGCCAUGCUGCUUGGAAAGUUGGUGAAAAGUCCCGGUAUAAGUGGAGAAAACCUAGCAGAUGAGCUUAUUGCACUGCUGGCAAAAGAAGACUCUCAGAAGGCGCGAUGUCAGCUGAUAGCAGCCUUGUCUGUGAUUGGUCAGGCGUCCCCGCUGAACCGACCUCUACAUCAGCUGUUAGUUGGUAUUGCAAAGCAGAACCUUAGAAGUGAUUACCAUGCCAUUAGAAGCAGCUGCUUACACCUGAUUGGCUGCCUGGCGUCACAUGAUCACACUGCCAAGCCCCUGAUUGGUUCCAUGGAGUCAGCUGACCCACCAGACAAGGGGGAGCACUCUGCAGUGAUUGAUUCACAGAAGUUGCUGGAGAGUUAUCUACAGGACCAGGACCCCAGGGUCAGAUCAAGUGCCUUUGAGGCCCUGCUUCACCUGCAUGAGAGAGGUACCAGUCUCAAUGAGAGCCUGUACCAGUCAGCCUGCGUGGCCCUCACAGACGACUAUGAGGGGGUGAGGACGGCCGCUGUUCACAUGGUGUGGGUACUGGCGCACAUGUACCCUGAGCGCUGUGUGCCAGUGCCUGGGUCAGAUGAGCAGUUAAGGUUGGUGGACGACGGCUUUGUGAAGAUCUGUAACAUGAUCAACGACAUCUCUGUAAACGUGAGAACCAAGGCAGCAAGCUCGCUGGGUUCACUUCACUUGGUGAGCCCGAAAUUCUUGGAGCAAACUUUGGACAAGAAACUCAUGUCAAACAUGAGGAGGAAGCGUACUGCUGCCGAACGUGCACGGGACCACUACACAUCUGGGGUGUGGUCAUCCGGGAAGAAGUGGGCAGAUGACGCCCCCAAGGAGGAACUCGACCCUGACAGCAUCAAUGUGAUGAGUAUAGGGGCGUGUGGGGCCUUCGUUCAUGGCCUGGAGGACGAGUUCUCAGAGGUUCGUAACUGCACGCUGGACUCACUGUGUGAGCUGGCAAGUCAGAAUGCGAUGUUUGCCGCACAGUGCCAGGACAGCAUUGCAGACAUGUUCAACGACGAGAUUGAGGCUGUGAGACUGAACGCUAUCAACAGUCUGAAGAAGCUGAGUACACACCUGGAGAUACGAGAGGACCAGCUGGAGAUCAUGCUGGGAGUUCUUAUGGAUUUUUCCUACCAGUCUCGUGAGUCACUAAGGGACAUGCUGUGUUCUAUGAAGUUUGCCACCAAAGAGUGCUUGAACACGUGUGUAGUGGCUCUUCUGAACAACCUGAGACGAUACCCGGAAGACAGGCUCUCCAUCUGGAAAUGUAUGCACCACCUCGGUACUAAUGGCUCAAGUCUGGCCCUGCCUCUGCUUCCAGAGUUCCUCUGUCUACAUCCGUACUUCGACACACCGGAGCCUGAAAUGGACGACCCAGCGUACAUCAGUAUAUUGGUUCUGGUGUUCAGUGCUGCUGCGGGCAAUCGUACAGCACUACCCAUGUUCCAAGACCACACCUGGAGACAUUACCACUAUCUGAGAGACUCUCUACCUGACCUUGUACCACGACUGGAGUCACGCAGCUCAUCGGGCCCCAGCCUCCAGUCUCCAGGUGAUUUACUGAGCCCAUGUGUGGCAACCUCAUUUGUACAGUCCACAGUUGACAGGCUGGGGGACCUGCAGUGUAUGGACAUCAGCACCGCAACCACACUGCUAGAGUCAGCUAUCAGUGACCUUCAGCGAGUGUCAGAGCUUGAUCUGGAGUCAUCAGCAUCAGCAGAGUGCCUGUGCAUGUUCCUGCAAUGUCAGAGGCUCAUUACACAGCUGAUGUCUCAGAGAGCCUACCUGAUGGCAGGCAGCGUCACAGUGGACAGACUGACCGUCUUGGUGGAGCGAGUCAUGGACCUCACAGACCGACUACUCACCUUGUUCCAGGGCCUUGGCAAUGCAGAACUUGCCUUGUUCAAACAGACAGAACUUAAGGCUCUGACAUUCCGGCUGUGUUCCACUCUUGCCAACUCUCAAGAGCUGGCUACGCAGAUGAAGGCACACAAUGUGUAUGUCACCUAUCUGACAGCUCUGCAGGGGUUUUUAGGAUCUGAAAACACACUGACAGACAAGUUCACAUCAUUUCUUCUUUCUGAACUGCCAAACAUAAAAUCUGGCCAGCUUUCCAAUGUUCAGAACAUUCUCCACUCUGCAUUGAAGCUAGUUCAGCCAGUGACGUGCCCAGUGCUAAAAAGGGUACGGAAAGCCUGCGCAACAAUCCACGAACCAGCAAAAGUGUCGGACAAUCCUGUGAAGUUCACAGCAGGACUGACCACUGCUGUUCUUCUCAUAGCAGAUAUUGAAAAUGUCGUACAGGUGGAAAAUAUUCGAAUACAGGUAAAGUACCCAGAUACGACAGUGUCCCUGACCAAGCCUGGAGCCAGUGACCUCAAGACCCAGAGCAACCUUGCAUACCGACUGCACACCCAAGUGAUCCUGUCUCAUGGUCACUGGUCAGAGUCUUGCAAUGUAGAGGUGGGCAUCGUUUUACUCAGUGAUUCUUCUCUCGCUACCAAAUUUAAAUCUAAGACGUCAAACUCUUCAGAUGAUGAUAGAACAGUGCUGGAACUGUGUAAACCUGUGAAAGUGUUGAUAUCUCCUAAACCACAUAAACGAUAGUGGUUGUAGAACUGUGUAAACCUGUGAAAGUGUUGAUAUCUCCUAAACCACAUAAACUAUAGUGGUUGCUGAUACUGUGUAAACCCGUGAAAGUGUUGACAUCUUCGAAAUCAUUUUAACGAUAGUGGUUGCUGAUACUGUGUAAACCUGUGAAAGUGUUGAUAUCUCCGAAACCACUUAAACGAAAUGUUGUUGCUGAUACUGUGUAAACCCGUGAAAGUGUUGAUAUCGCCGAAACCACAUAAAUAAGAGUGGUUAAUGGAUCUGUGUAAACCCGUGAAAGUGUUGAUAGCUCCGAAACCACUUAAACGAUAGUGGUUGCUGGAACUGUGUUUACCAGUUAGUGUUGAUAUCCCCUAAACCACAUAAACAAUAGGUUUUUGAACUGUGUAAACCUGUAAAAGCAUUGAUAUCUAAUUUUAUUUAAAACUCACAUGAUAGUUUUAACAUCUUCUUUCCCACUUUGACCAUAGUGAUUUUUAAGCUGUGUAAAUGUUUGGAAGUUAUAAAAAACAAAUACGGGCCUUGCUCUGUGAAAAAGGCGUUUAAUGCAUGUGCGUAAAGUGUCAUCCCAGAUGAGCCUGUGCAGUCCACACACACAGGCUAAUCAGGGACGACACUUUCUGAUUUUAUGGUAUUUUUUGUUUCAAGAAAGUCUCUUCUUGGCAAAUAUCUAGUUUAGGCGGAAAGUGUCUUCCCUGAUUAGCCUGUGCGGACUGCACAGGCUAAUCUGGAACAACAUUUUUGCACAUGCAUCAAACCCCCUUUUCCACAGAGCAUGGCUCAUAUAUAUACAUGAAUGACUUGACAAGUUGUAUAAAGAUCUAGAUAUAUUUUAGGUAUGUCAACAAAUAAUUUGGUUUGGUAAUAAAACGACAAAAGCCACAUUCAA